GCUUGCGCGAAGACCCUGUGAUUUCGCAAUAUAAAUGUUGUGCAAAAGAAAGUGACCCACUUGCUGCGCUAAAGCUGGUGUGACUGGGUGGCGAACUUUAUAAGAGUGUUUUUGGCCUCAACAACAAGCCAUGCAGCUUACAAUGCAGACAAAGCGCACGGUCCUCAGUUGUUUCCUCGUACUUGCAUUUCUGCCAGCAGUGCUAUCAGGCUACGUGAAGGGCAAUAAUGGCAGAAUAUCAUUGCCAACAGAAUGCUAUCCACAUUGCGUUGAAGGUCUAAAAGGAGCAUGUUUCAUAAAUGCCAGCAACCAAUGCCAGUGCCACUGUGUGCCCCAUAAUUGCAACGCCUGCGCCAUUGUGCGAGAGAAAUAUCGCUGUUCCGGAAAUGAGAUUCACCUGUGCAAUAUUAGGAAUCAGUUGUGCGAGUGCGGUUGUGUUCCGCCGGGAUUAUGGUGAGAAUAGCAGCUGCUGAGUAUGAAAUUGGAAUCCAGGUUGUAACUAAGCUGCAUAUUUUUCGCACGCUUGAGGACUUCUCUCUCUUAGAUAUGCACGUAAUAAACAUUCAAUAAAGAUGCAAUCCUUUUU